AGUACAGUAGUGUAGAGUUGUUGUCGGAGAGGGAGGAGGAAGGCUGAGUUUAGACAGGAGGGAAAGAGAAACAGAGAGAGUAAAAACACAGCACAUAAACAGGAGGAUAACACAACAUUUAACCAUGGCGUCGGGGGACACUCUCUACAUAGAAGCGGACGGGUCAGAAAUGCCAGCAGAGAUAGUGGAGCUGCAUGAGAUCGAGGUGGAAACCAUCGAGACCACAGUGAUCGGAGAGGACGGAGAGCACCAGCCGAUGAUCGCUCUGCAGCCGCUGGACCCGGACGAUCCUCACUCCAUGCACCACCACCACCACCACCACCACCAAGAGGUCAUCCUGGUGCAGACCAGAGAGGAGGUAGUGGGUGAGGAUGACUCUGAGAUGCACACGGACGACGGCUACGAGGACCAGAUCCUCAUCCCGGUGCCCGCCGUGGAGGAGGACUACAUCGAGCAGACUCUGGUUACUGUCGCCGGGAGAAGCUCGUCGACAGGCCGCAUGAAGAGGGCUGGAAGCGGGAAGAAAGCAGGCAAAAAGAGCUACCUGAGCAGCGGGGACAUGGGCAGAAAGUGGGAGCAGAAGCAGGUGCAGAUAAAGACUCUGGAGGGGGAGUUUUCGGUGACUAUGUGGGCAUCUGAUGACAAGAAGGACAUUGACCAUGAAGAGCAAAUCACGGGUGAAAACUCUCCUCCAGAUUAUUCUGAAUACAUGACCGGCAAGAAGCUUCCCCCGGGAGGAAUCCCAGGCAUUGACCUCUCGGACCCCAAACAGCUGGCAGAGUUUGCACGUAUGAAGCCACGAAAAGUAAAAGAAGACGAUGCACCCAGAACGAUAGCCUGUCCACACAAAGGAUGUACCAAGAUGUUCAGGGACAACUCGGCGAUGAGGAAGCACUUGCAUACCCACGGGCCUCGCGUGCACGUCUGUGCAGAGUGUGGCAAAGCCUUCGUUGAGAGCUCAAAACUGAAGAGGCAUCAACUCGUACACACAGGAGAGAAACCUUUCCAGUGCACAUUUGAGGGCUGUGGCAAGCGGUUCUCUCUGGACUUUAACUUGCGCACUCAUGUGCGUAUUCACACUGGAGACCGUCCGUAUGUGUGCCCCUUUGAUGGCUGCAACAAAAAAUUUGCCCAGUCAACCAACCUGAAGUCUCACAUCCUCACACACGCCAAAGCCAAAAACAACCAGUGAAACGACGACGACGAAGCGAGCAUACACUGGAGGACUUGACGGGUAUCUCCGCUCCCUGACAGACAAACUAAUGUCCCGUGGCCUGCUUUGUUGUGAGAUAAGAAGUCCCUUUUGUAUCAUCUCUAGAUGAAAAGGUUUUUGAGAAAUUACCUUUUCUCAAACUUUUUGAUAAACUUAUGGAGGUUUGAACAAGGAACUCAUGAGAACCCCGACUCCCUCAGGCCUCCUACCCGACUUUGGCGCUACCUGGAUGGAACAAUUUACGCUUUCUUCUUGUGAAGAUGUUAAUUCAUGGAUCUGCAACUAAAAACAUAUUUAUACCUUAACACAGCCAGUUAAAAAAAGUUUUUGCAAUAGAUGUCAAAUUUGCAUCGAUCCUCAGCAAUGACACAUUUUCAAUUUUGUACUUUCCCCAAGUGUGCAUAUUGUACACUGUUUGACAUAAGCUCUGUGGUAAUGUAUGUAGUAAGAUUGUCCCCGUAGCUCUUCUUGGGUUUUUGUUUUACCUCUCCCUUUCCCCUUCAUGUGAGUGUGUUUCGAGGGGGGAUUGGGUGGUCUUUGCAUAUUUUCAUUUUGUACAACGCAAUAUCAGAAUCAUGUAUAUAAUAGCCAUGUGAUUUUCAAUAGUGAUCACCGAUUAAAAUGUUUUUUCCCCAUGCACUACCAACAGAAAAAAA